GAGGUUUUUUUUUUUUUUAGUCAAUUCACUCCAUAAAUUUGUGCUCGCCAGACACCACCCUCACCUCUCCAGUCCAAGGGUCCAGAGUUGAUACGAUAAUGGUGACAACUACAGAAACAGGCGGUGCCGCCACUACCGGUGGCCGAUGCUGGUGGUGCAGUAAGGACGAUUUUUUCCCAGAGGAAUCCUUCAAAAGCUGGGGCACUUACCUCGAGGCCCUCCGAGAAUCCAAAACUAGACUUAAAGACCGGCUCCUCGCUCGAUCCCUCGAUGAUACAGAACUCAAUCAAAUUCGAUCUCGAAGCCACCAUUCUAUGAAGAAGACCCUCACUGGGUGGGACAUCCUCUGGUUCGGCGUUGGCUCCGUCAUGGGAGCAGGAAUCUUCGUACUCACUGGCCUCACUUCCCGGACCCAAGCCGGACCAGCUGUUGUGCUCUCCUUCUUAGCCUCCGGUAUCUCUGCUCUCCUCUCCGUUCUCUGCUACACCGAAUUCGCCGUUGAAAUCCCCGUAGCAGGCGGCUCCUUCGCUUAUCUCCGCGUAGAACUCGGCGAUUUCGUUGCCUUUAUCGCCGCCGGAAAUAUCUUAUUCGAGUACAUCGUCUCCGGCGCCAGUGUGGCUCGUUCAUGGACUUCAUACUUCGCUACCUUAUGUAACCACAGCCCUAACGACUUCCGCAUUAACGUCUCCGCCCUUGGGGAGGACUAUAACCACCUCGAUCCAAUUGCAGUUCUCAUCUCCAUUAUAAUCGGUAUCGCAGCGAUUUUAAGCACUAAAGGAUCGUCUCGAUUCAAUAUAAUCGCUUCAAUUAGCCACAUCGCAGUUCUUCUCUUCAUCGCCAUUGUUGGGCUAAUCAAAGCCAACCCUUCCAAUUUCUCCAAUAAUUUUGCCCCCUUUGGUGUUCGUGGCAUCUUCAGGGCCUCUGCUGUGCUUUUCUUCGCUUUUGUAGGAUUUGAUGGAGUUGCAACCAUGGCUGAGGAGACCAAAAACCCACGUCGAGAUAUACCAUUUGGGCUUAUCGCAUCAAUGGGGAUCAUUAUAUUCAUCUAUUGCCUUCUUGCAGGGACACUCUGCCUUAUGCAGCCGUUCACCAUGAUCGACGUCGAUGCCCCCUAUACAGUGGCGUUUCAGGCAGUUGGGUUGAAUUGGGUGAAGUACAUUGUAGCUCUGGGAGCAUUGGAAGGGAUGACUACUGUUCUAUUGGCUAACAUCAUUGGUCAAGCUCGGUACUUUACCCACAUCGGUCGGACUCACAUGGUGCCACCAUGGCUCGCCUCCAUUAAUGAAAAGACAGGGACACCGAUGAAUGCCACGAUCGUCAUGACGAUUGCCAAUUGCAUCGUUGCCUUGUUUACUGAUCUUGAAGUGCUAGCCAACCUUCUCUCUAUCUCAACACUAUUCAUCUUUGCACUUGUCGCUGUAGCGCUUCUAGUGAGGCGAUACUAUGUGACCGGAGAAACCACGAAGACUGACCGGAAUAUGCUUAUUGGGUUCUUGGGAUUGAUCAUUGGGUCGUCAGUUGCAACGGCGGUGUAUUGGAUGGUUAGUGAUAAAGAGUGGAUUGGUUAUGUUGUGACUUUUCCUGUAUGGUUCUUAGCUACAUUGGGUUUGAAGUUGAAGGUUAAGGAGGCUAAGAGCCCAAAGCUAUGGGGGGUUCCAUGGUUUCCAUGGUUGCCAUCACUCUCCAUUGCUGUUAAUGUCUUCUUAUUGGGUUCAAUUGAUGCGCCAUCUUAUGUAAGAUUUGGCAUUUGGUCACUGGUGUUGCUUACAUAUUACUUCUUUGUGGGGCUUCAUGCAUCAUAUGAUGCAGCUAAGGAGAUUAACAGUGAAGGCAAUGGAAGUGAAAUGAGGAAUUGUGAAACAGGGAAUGUAGCACCAGUGGCUUGAUAUUCUGAGUAGGGUGAUAGGUUAUAGGUGGUAGGAGAUAAGUGAGAUAGAAGCAAGAGUAGUUAGCUUUUAAAGUGUGAUUUAUGAUUCUCUCUGUGAGGGAAGGUUCAACUGGUUCAAGCCUUCUCCAUUAGUCCAAAUUUCUUUCACGUAAGUCUUCCUUUAGAAAUCACUUGAUGCUGGUAACCAAAUGAUCACAAUUUAGUUUUGCUUCCAGACACAAAGGCAUUCGAAAUCACUAUCCCACUGGUCAUGAACUCAAAGAUUUCACGAGUGUUGAUUCUCUUGUGAGUGCUCUUAUUGACCCCACACUGGUGGAAGUGUAGUCUUAUAAAAAUUUAUUGACACAUGUUGGGUAUAUUGU